CAGCACUGUAACAAGUAAAGAAAAGUAGUUCCCAGAGGCUCAGGAGGUUUCUGAACAUUAAACAUACAGACACUGUAAAAAUUUGUCUGAAACUGUAUGGCAGAUACAUCACAGCAUAUUGUAAAUUGAUUAAUAAAUGGAGCUUCCAGCAAACAGAGGAAUCAUUCUCUGCUUAUGAGGAACAUUUACAUAAGUUGUGGUUGGCUUUUUUUAUUAUUACUUUAGUGUCUUCCCCCCACAUGAUCAAUGGUGAACCUACAGUACUGCUAAACAGAUUUUGUGUUCCACAGAAUGAAGUCAGUCAAAUGUACUCAGAACAACAUGAGGGUGGAGAAAAAACAGAAAAGGUACAUCACACAAAGUGUCACAUCACGGUUUAACACAGCGGACAAAGACAGAGUUUACAGGCCAAUGCCCAAGUCAGAGAUGUUGAGCCAGGAUGACCCCAAAUCACGCCCAAUGCUAGAACUACGAGAGAAGCUCCAGCCAGAAGUGAUCGAGCUGAUUAAACAGCAGAGGCUGAACCGUCUGUGUGAGGGCACUUGUUUCAGGAAGAUCAGCGCUCGUCGCAGACAAGACAAGUUCUGGUAUUGCCGUCUGUCACCAAACCACAAAGUGUUACACUAUGGAGAUAUAGAAGAGUUCUCUCAAGGACAAAUAUCACAUGACUCUCUCCAGGACAAAGUGACAGUAGCAGAUAUCAAAGCAGUGGUAACAGGUAAAGACUGCCCACAUAUGAGGGAGAAAGGAGCACUUAAGAAUAAGGAGUUGCUGGAACUGGCCUUUUCCAUUCUUCAUAACUCUGAUGAAUAUUUAAACUUCAUCGCUCCAGACAAGCACGAAUACUGUAUAUGGACUGAUGGUUUAAAUGCUCUUUUGGGAAAAGAGAUGACAACUGAGCUCACAAGAUCAGAUAUGGACACACUGGUUACUAUGGAGCUGAAACUUCGCCUUUUGGACCUCGAAAACAUUCAGAUUCCUGAUGUCGCUCCUCCUGUUCCCAAAGAGCCCAGCACUUACAAUUUUGUUUACGACUUUACCCAGCAGCACAAUUGAGACUGGAAAUGUCCAUCAUCAGCUGCAAGGAUGUAUUCACCUUCUUCUCUUUUAUUCUAUUAUACGUCUAUCCCUAUUAUAUGGACGGAAUCAUUUUUUUCUCCUCUAGAUUGUGACUAUGAUGUGAUGCUUUAGUUUUAUAUUCCCUGUAAAUUACUGCUAUGACUUCACUGAGGAAAACGACAGUGAUAUUUCUUUUUAGUCACCUGUUAUAACAAAUACUCAACUUGCUAUCAUGCACAACAUUUUGUGUAACUAUGUGUACAUGAAAAAAAAAGUGAAACUGCAUUUGUUUCAUACUCAUACAUAAAACACCACACAUAACUCAUUCUUGGACUGUUACAAAUGUGCUAGUAAUUUGAUAAAAAGAUAAACUAAAUCAUCCUGAAAAAUAAAGUGACAGUUAAUUAUAGAGACUACUUUCUGCCAUUGAAUAAAAAAAAAAAAUCAAAAAGGUAAUUAUGACUUCUGACUUUGUUGCUAUUGCAAGUUAACAUUUGUUAAAUCAGACUUUUGCUGAUUUUGUUGUGAUUUUAUAUUUUGCAGUUAACUUAAAAUUUGCUGAAAGUUAAUUCUACUCAUUUUAAAAACGUUUUGAACUCAGUGUUGAAGGUAAUGAGUCAAUUAAAUACCUCAUUACUUCAACUUAAAUGGAGUAAGUUCACAGUACUCAUAUAGAUUAGUUUUUUAACUCAUGGUUUGUGCAAUCGGUUUUCAGAAACUGUUAGAGUUAACUUAUUUGGUUUUACAGUACUCAGUUGGUUUAAGUUCUCUUCAUUCGUUGGCUUUUACUGUGCUUGAAUUGCUUCAUUUACUCAAAUGGAUUAAGUUCACAGUACUCAUUAGGAUUAGUUUUUGAACUUAAAUGUUUUGUUGCAAUCGGUUUCCUUGGUUUGAGUUACCUUAACUUUUUGGGUUUUACAGUGAACAGGCUAAGAAAACAAUAUGAUGAAAUAAAUCAAUUCAACUACCCCCACCCCCUCCCCUGCUGUCUCUUUAAACUGGGGUAUUUAAUGAAUAAAAGUUAACAGAAACAAAAAACAAAUACAAAGUACAGUAUCAAGUAUCAAUUAUACAAAAUAAGGCAAUCAUUCUGGAUCCUGAUCAUUGUUUUGUGCAAUAAACAUGGAGAUUUUGUCAG